CAAACUUGCCACUCACUACUAGUAAUUGUAACAACUAUAUUUUUAGAAUGGCUCCCUUUGCAUGUGUGAUUCUUAGCCUGGCAAUAGCUAGCAUGGUGAGUGGAGGCGAAGCACGGGCCUUCUUCGUGUUUGGAGACUCGCUGGUGGACAAUGGCAACAACAAUUACCUAAUUACCAGUGCAAGGGCGGACGCCCCACCUUAUGGCAUCGACUACCCAACCCAUCGGCCUACUGGCCGAUUCUCCAACGGCCUCAACAUCCCCGAUAUCAUCAGUGAACAACUUGGAAUGGAGCCCACAGAACCAUACUUGAGCCCAUUUCUUAAAGGAGACAAGCUUCUUGUUGGUGCUAAUUUUGCUUCUGCGGGAGUUGGAAUCCUUAAUGACACUGGAAUUCAGUUUCUAAACAUCAUUCGCAUCGGGAAACAACUCGAGUACUUCCAGCAGUAUCAGACACGGGUGUCGAGCAUCAUCGGACCUGAACAAACGACUGCGCUAGUGAACCAAGCUCUAGUUCUCAUCACACUAGGAGGCAAUGACUUUGUCAACAACUACUAUUUGGUCCCUUUCUCAGCAAGAUCCAGACAGUUUUCCCUACCUGACUACGUUACAUACCUUAUCUCCGAGUAUCGCAAAGUCUUGCAUAAAUUGUAUGAUUUGGGAGCUAGGAGGGUUUUAGUGACCGGGACAGGCCCACUUGGGUGCGUCCCCGCUGAGUUGGCGCAGCGCAGCCGGGCCGGGGAAUGCUCCGCGGAGCUGAUGAGGGCGGCAGCGCUUUUCAACCCACAGCUGGUUCAGAUGCUGGACAGCCUCAACUCCGAACUAGGGGCUAGUGUGUUCAUUGCGGCUAACACACAACAAAUGCAUAUGGACUUCAUUUCUAAUCCUCAAGCCUUUGGAUUUGUGACGUCGAAAAUCGCAUGCUGUGGGCAAGGCCCAUACAAUGGAGUUGGGCUUUGCACGGCGGUGUCCAAUUUGUGCCCAAACAGAGAUUUGUAUGCAUUUUGGGAUCCAUUUCACCCAUCAGAAAGGGCCAACAGAAUUAUAGUGCAACAAAUAUUGAGUGGAGAUACUCAAUAUAUGAAGCCCAUGAAUCUCAGCACCAUCUUGGCUUUGGAUUCAAGGACCUAAAUAUUUCGAAUUCUAUUUCCGAAUAAUUUCUAUUUUGUUAUCUACUUUUAUUUAUUUAUGUAUCUUCAGACAGUAAUGAUCAUGCUGUCUAGAGUUUGCUGAGUUGGAAAAUAAUUUUUAGAGAUGUGUGAUUUUUCUUUUGAUCUUAAAUUUGAGGGCCAAAAAUUUGUGAAAUGAGGUGGAGCAUUUAAAUAUUAAUAGAUUGUUAUUGUGUCUUUCUUUUUAAA